AUGGCACAUGCCCCGCUACUACGAACAAAUACGGCCCCGGUCUUCCAAAACUCCAACGGAUUCGGCGGCCUGCCACAGCUCAGCAUGAGCCAUGCGCCGCGCGCCAGCCAACUCUCCGGCUCGACAGCCAUGGCCGGCUCUACCGCGUCCUUGAGCUCGCUCGGUAGCGGCACUACCAUCACGAAUGGCGGCCCCGUCACAGCGACCGCGAAUAUUAUCAACCAAAAGGCCGAUGCUUCGCGGUCCCUCUACCAGAUCUGCAUUUCCCUCAAGCAGCGCCUCGCUCAGGUUCCUGGCUUUGACCCCUACCUAGAGCAGCUCGACCCCAACGACCCCGUCGAUCCCCUGUGGAACCUCUUCCGCACCGGAUACCCCCUCCUCGCUAUCUACAACUCUUUGCAGCCCGCCACUGAGCUCAAGGUCGAGGAUGCCAGCGCCAACGAGGCUAAGAAGUCAAAGAUUGCGAUUUUCAAAUUCGUCCAGGCCUGCAUGAAAGAGCUCAAGGUCCCUCCCACCGAGAGCUUCGUCAUUACUGACUUGAUGGGCAAUGAUACUAGUGGUUUCGUCAAGGUAACCCAAGUCGUCAACUAUGUGCUCGACCUCGCCGAGCAACGCGGCUACCUCCUGCAACUGCAACCAUACCCCGAAGAUGAAGCCGCAGUCCCUGGUGCGGGCUCAACGAUGACCUACCGAGAUCAUAUCGUCAAGGAGCUAGUCGAUACCGAACGCAAAUACGUCCAGGACUUGGAAAACCUACACGAUCUCAAGAGGACGCUGGAGGAGACGGGCGCCAUCCCUGGCGACAGUGUGCAUCAGAUUUUCCUCAACAUCAACGCGAUCCUCGAUUUCCAGCGCCGUUUCCUGAUCCGCGUCGAGACGACCAACUCGAUGCCCUCCGCGAACCAGCAAUGGGGAUCGCCCUUCGUCAUGUACGAGGAUGCCUUUGAUAUUUACCAGCCCUUUAUCGCGAACCAGCGCAAGGCGGCUCAGAUUGCCAAUCAGUCCUUCGAUAAGAUCCAACAAUCAGAGCACCCAGUUGCGGCCGACUUCAACACAUUGGACGGUUUCUUGCUGAAGCCCAUGCAGCGAUUGGUGAAAUACCCGCUCUUGCUCAAGGACUUGAACAAGAAGAGCGAGGAUGAGGAAGUCAAGGCCGAUCUGAUGGCUGGCUGCGAAGCUGCGGAGCGAGUAUUGCACAAGGCCAACGACGCUGUCAACAGGGCUCUACUUGAUGAAGCCCUGGACGAUCUUGUCAGCCGAGUGGACGACUGGAAGAGCCACAAGGUGGAGCAGUUUGGCAAGCUUCUCAUGCACGGCGUCUACGGUGUCAUCACUGGAAAGAACGAUCAGGAGAAAGACUACGAGAUUUACCUGUUCGAAUGCAUCCUUCUCUGCUGCAAGGAAAUUUCCCCAAACAAGAGCAAGGAUAAGAAGGACAAGACGAGGUCACAAGGGCCCAAAGUCCGGAACCGGAAUGCUAGACUUCAACUCAAGGGCAGAAUUUUCAUGACUAACGUGACUGAUAUUGUGUCCCUUUCGAAGCCCGGUUCUCACAGUGUCCAAAUCUGGUGGAAGGGCGAUCCCGGUGUUGAGAACUUCACCAUCAAGUUUACACAAGAGGAUAUGAUGAAGAGAUGGGCCGCUGGGCUUGAGGUUCAGAGGAAGGACAAUGCGCCGCGCACUUCGCUCAUGGGCGAAAACGCAGCGCCCGACUUCGCUUGGACCAGAGACCACGCUGGCGGCUUGGAGAACCCGUAUCUCCAAGCAGAGGAGGAGGAGGACGAUGACGACUACGGACCGGCGACGGCCCCUCCGCAGUUUCCCAUGCCUACCACCCACUCAAUCGCGGGCACUAUGCCACGAACCGCUUCCAACAACAACCUGAGACAAAGGGCGGGGACCGGAGAGAGCACGCUGUCUUUGGCUGGCAUGAUCCGCGGCGCACCGUCACGAUUCCCCAUGCCAGCGCCACCGGCACCGCUCAGUCUCCAGACCCCGAACACGGGCGCUUACUCACCUGGGGCCUGGGCCGGCGACAGCUACUUUUCCCCAGUGGCGGAAUCGCCGGCGUCGUCUAGAACCAGCACUGCCAGUGGAAUGUUCUCUACGCCUAACUACGGCUUCUCCAAGACAGGCACCCCGCAACCGGUGUGGGAGGACAGCAACCGAUACACUGCCCCUGCUAUGCCUCGCGCCCCCUCGCGUGAUGGUAGCUCCCCCAACCCCCAUGUUAUGAACGGGCGAAACCCCAGGGGCCCGUCGCUUCCCGCAAUGGCUUCUCAGAGCCAGACGGCCGCCCAACAGCAGAGGAGCAGGUCGUACAGCACUCCAGACAUCAACGUCCCUGGCAUGCCCCGAACCCGACAGCCGAGUCAAGGUAACAUUCCGGCUGUCCCCGGAAUACCACAACAUCUGCAUCCAGGCCACGACAGCCACGUCCCCAGAGCUCAAACUGGAUCUCCAAGAAACGACGCGCCGAUGCGAUCCCACACGAACAGCCCCGGCGCCCAGCGAGAGCGGAUGCACCAACACUCGGGCAGCCUUGGAGGCACCAUGGCCCAGUUCCCGACGCAGCCCGUCUACCCCCGUGGAAACACUCCCAGCCAAAAUGGGAACCCGCUGCGAGUCGACCCAGGCACUGCUAACUCCCGAACUGCGUCUCCUGCGGUGGGUAUUGGAGCACCGCCAGCCAUGGCCGCACCGCCACCCACUCCUGACCUACCCCUGCCCACUCAACUCAAAGUGAGAGUCAAUUGCCAGACGGGCAACUAUGUUACUCUCGUGGUACCUUUCAACAUUACGUACCAGUCCUUGAUCGACCGCAUCGAUGCCAAGCUUGCGCGGUUUACCAAUAGUAGCAUCGGCAAGGGAAUGCUCAAACUGCGGUAUCGUGACGAGGAUGGUGAUUUCGUCACGAUCGAGAGCGACGACGACAUCCAGAUUGCCUUUAUGGAGUGGCGCGAGGGCAUGAAGAACAUGUACUCUGGCGGCGUUGGAGAGAUAGAGCUCUUCUGCGUCGGCGACACUUCCUAA